UUUCAUCCUAUAAAGAACCUAAAGGAGGGGCCGGGAGGCGGGUCCGUAACGCAAUGCAGAUUGAUUGGCAGUCAGGCCGUCGACGUCCUGCUUUAGCCCUGAGUCUCUCCAAUCCAGAGGCAGGGGUGGGACGGUGCAGGCGCAGAGAAUUGGGUUUGGGUGGACUAGAUUUAAAGAGACAGAAGCUGUCGGGGUCCGGGAAGACUGUCCCCAGACCCUCUCCCUAAGUCCUUGGGACCGCUUGGGUCCCCAAAGCUGGGGAGAUGGUUUGCGGUGGCUUUGCCUGCUCCAAGAAUGCACUGUGCGCGCUCAACGUGGUCUACAUGCUGGUAGGCUUAUUGCUCAUCGGAGUGGCUGCUUGGGGUAAGGGCCUGGGUCUGGUGUCCAGCAUCCAUAUCAUCGGAGGAGUCAUUGCUGUGGGAGUCUUCCUCUUGCUCAUCGCAGUGGCUGGACUGGUUGGUGCUAUUAACCACCACCAAGUUCUGCUGUUCUUUUACAUGAUCAUCCUUGGUUUGGUCUUCGUCUUCCAAUUUGGAAUCUCUUGGUCAUGCCUGGCCAUUAACCGAAGCAAACAGACAGAUGUCAUCAAUGCUUCUUGGUGGGUCAUGAGCAACAAGACUCGGGAUGAACUGGAAAGAAGUUUUGAUUGUUGUGGCUUAUUCAACCUCACAACCAUGUAUCAACAAGAUUAUGCUUUUUGCACUGCAGUCUGCAAGAGCCGGAGACCCACAUGUCAGAUGUGUGGAGAAAAGUUUCUUAAACAUUCAGAUGAAGCCCUAAAAAUCCUGGGGGGUGUUGGACUCUUCUUUAGCUUUACAGAGAUCCUUGGUGUCUGGCUCGCAAUGAGAUUUCGGAAUCAGAAGGAUCCUCGUGCCAACCCCAGUGCCUUUCUCUGAGACUUUGGGUCCUUUUGACUUCUCUUCUGUUCUCCCUAAGCUUUUUCUUCCUCCCUUAGGGAAAACCAGGGUCAGUGACCUUUUUUGUUUGAGAAAGAGGAAAGGCCCUUUGCCCUCCCCUAAAGGUGCCUGAAUAGCCAGGCGCUCUGCCUUGACAAGACUAUGAGGAAUACAGAGAAGCCUCUUCUUUCCCUGAGUGGAUAUGGGAAGCUCCUGGGAGUGCAUGAGAUGGUAUGGGGUCGGAGUCAUUCCUGGCUGUUUCCCCUCUUCUCCCUUCCACAUGCCAGACCACCACAAUCCAUCCUGGCCUGGCUCCAAGAGGAAACCAAGGACAGAGCCAGAGAGAGAACCACCAAGAAAUUUUUCUUGUAAUAACAGGACUGUUUUGGAGGAAGGUCAAUGAAUAUAAAAAUAAAAGCCAUUUAAACUCCAAUACAAAGCAGCAAAUGCCUGCCUUGUCUUCUCUUACCAGUUGAGGGGCUCCACUGACUAUGCAGGCCCUGUUACCUAAGGAGAAUCUACCUGCCAAGUGGUUUCUCCAAAUCCCCAAAUGGCAAAGCCAAUCAAAGGAAGAAACAUUAAAAA